CUCCCGGUAAGAACCAACCAAUCAGAGUCAGGAGGAGUGUCUUAGCAGUGUCAAUCAAGCUCGUGUGCGCGCUGAUCACACUCCUGUCAUGCACAGCCAUAGUGCACAGCGUGUACAGGCAUUCAAAUUCAAGAUUACCAGUGUGCAGCAGCUUUGCUUAUGACGGACAAACAAUCCAGUUUCGUGUCCUUCCAAUGUUGAAACAUGAGGGUGUGGUUAUAGAAGGAAGAUAAUUAACAAGAACUGUGCCUGUUUUAUUUGAGCACAUUCAGCGCCAUCAGCCACAGGACCUGCUGAUACAGCAUCACUAGAUGGCAUACUCCACACAAACACUAGCUGCAGGCUGCUUCGGGAAAGUAUACAAGGAGAAGUAUGGAGACGCAUGGGCUGCUGUGAAGAGAGUUCCUCUCAGCCACAUCAGCAGAUCACAGCUGGAGAGAGAAUGCAAAGUCUAUCAUAAUGCUCGGCAUCCCAAUGUGGUAAAGCUUCUCGGUGAUCCUUGGCUGAAAGACUCCAAGUGGAAUAUUCCUUUGGAGUUCAUCUUUGGGGAAGAUCUUGAGACGACCAUCUUCAAAGUUCAGCUUUCUAAAAUACAGCUGACGCCGGCAGUGAGAGCCACAAUCAUCACUGGUAUGUGUGAAGGUUUACUUUAUCUGCACAGUAAAGACAUCGUCCACCAAGACCUCAAACCUGACAACAUCAUGGUGGAGCAUCAAACCCAUCGUGCCGUGAUCAUUGAUUUGGGACUGGCUAAAUUCUCUAGAAAUGGACUCAGCUCUGCAGUAAACUUGGGCAAUGAAGCGUACUCGGCUCCAGAGAUCCUGCAGAUGAAUGGAGUUCGUGACAAGCGAUCAGACGUUUGGGCCAUGGGUAAAAUCAUAGCUGAACUCUGCGCCAGGGUCAGGUUACCCACCCAAUCUGUGUCGGCCAUCAAGAUUCGUGAAACUCUCAAAGACCAGCCAUACUCUAUUGCAGUGUCCAAGAUGGUGGAAGUCAAUCCCAAUAACAGAACUACUAUGGCUGGAGUCAUCGCAGACAUCAGGAGAGCUGGUUCAGUUUAUCACACAGACAUCAGACCAAGAGACAUCCCGAGAGACAUUACAAGAGACCUACCAAGAGACAUGCCAAGAGACUUCCAAAGGGACAUCCCAAGGGACAUCCCAAGAGAGAACCCGAGAGACUUCCCAAGAGACUUCCAAAGGGACAUUACAAGAGACAUCACAGUGGCACAUGGAAAUGAAAUCAGGCUAAAUCCAAUGUUGUGUCCACCAGCAGCUCCUGUUAAUAUGAUGGAGGGGAGAAGAUCUCCUUUGUUAUAUUAUCGACAGGAUCCACCUCCACAAAGAGAGAUGGGAAAGGCAUUAGUCCCGGUUAAAGGUCAGGCUUUAAACAAUCAGCUGUCCCUGAUGUCAUUUCCUUGCCCUCUCCCAGAAACCGGAAAAGUGACGCAGGAACGCUACAUCGAGGGGAAAGGAGCUCUAGAAUAUAAAGAGAUCAUCACGAAGGGAGGGAGAAUCGUUAAAUAUGAGAAAGUGCAAAUAACCAAAGAGUCUUAAAAAUAACACUUGUGGUCUGAAAAAGAGUUGUUGAGUUGUUAUAUUGAUUUUACGUUAGUGAUGUUUUUUAAAGAAAGCACUGGUUGGUGACACUGGUUUUUGACAUUGUUAAUAUCCUGUUUAUGUUCAUUCAGCAAUGAUUUUGGCUUGUUUGCCAAAAAUGUAAAGUACAAACACUUAAAAAAAAAAAAAAAAACUUUUUGUAUAUUUUAAAACUUUUUCCUAUGUCUAAUAAUUUGUAGUAUAUCACACAAUGUAUUGAGGAUGCUGAAAUUGGUGUGUUGGAAUAAAUGACGAAUACACUACUCAAAAUCUA